AUGGCCACUACACCCACCCUUCAAGAAAAUGUUGAAACAAUAGAAGGAGAUCCUGAAAAUGCUUUAUCACCUGAUACUGAAGAGGAAAAUGAGGGAAAUGAGUCAAAGAAUGAAGGAGACAGUGGAAGAAAGAGACGUAAAUCAGCUGUUUGGGUGCAUUUUGAAAGGUUGCCAUUGGACAAAACUAAUGGAGAACCCCGUGCUAAGUGCAAGUAUUGCCCAACAACAAUUGGUUGUGACUCUACAAGACAUGGUACAAAUGGAAUGAGAAAACAUGUAAAAAGAUGUCCUAGAAAUCCGAACAAAGCAAACAAGUUGGCACAAUCUUUGCUAUCGGGCUCUCAAUUAGGGUCAUCUAAAACUUUGAGUCAUCAUCUAUUUAAUCAACUUGAUUGCAGACAAGCCAUUGCUAUAUUUGUGAUAUUGGAUGAGAUGCCUUUUAAUAUUGUGGAAGGUGAUGGUUUUAAAGAGAUGAUGAGAAGGUUAGAACCUCGCUUUCAAGUCCCUUCAAGAGCGACAGUUACUAGAGAUUGCUACAAGUUGUACAUUGAAGAAGCUAGAAAGUUGAAAAGGUAUUUUAAAAAAUCUCAAAUCCGUGUUUCACUCACUACUGAUACUUGGACUUCCAAUCAAAAUGCCAAUUAUAUGUGCUUAACUGCUCACUGGGUUGAUGAGCAUUGGACAUAUCAAAAGCGAAUCUUGAAUUUUUGUGUAGUUGAAAAUCAUAAGGGAGAAACAAUUGCUCAAGAAAUUGAGAAAUGCUUGUUGUUUUGGAGCAUUGAUAAGGUGUUUACAAUCACAGUUGAUAAUGCUUCUUCUAAUGACACUGCUUUGGCAUCUUUAAAGGGGGUCUUGAGGCAUUGGAAUGGUUUAGUUUGUGAUGGGGAGUUCUUGCACUUACGUUGUUGUGCGCAUAUCUUAAAUUUGAUUGUUUCUGAUGGUGUGAAGGAUAUGCACAAGUGUAUUGAAGGCAUUCGAAAUGCCAUUAAAUAUGUGAGAUCUUCUCCAUCAAGGUUUCAUAAAUUCAAGGAGCUUGUGGAAAAAAUGAAAAUUGAUUCAAAAAAGCUACUAAGCAUGGAUUGUCCAACUAGAUGGAAUUCAACUUACAUCAUGUUAGAGAGUGCAAUUAAAUUUUGCAGCGUUUUUGAGAGGAUGGAGCAGCAAGAUAAUGAUUACAGAAACUUCUUCUUGGAUAAAAAUUUGAUUGGUCCCCCUAAUGAAAAUGAUUGGAAGGAUGCAAAAGAUUUUGUGAUCUUUUUGAAGGUGUUCUAUGAUAUUACUUUGCAAUUUUCAGGAUCACUUUAUGUGACCUCAAAUGUUUGCUUUCAACAGAUAGUUGAUGUCUUUGCAAUUUUAUAUGAAAAUGCAAACAAUCAUGAUUCCUUGCUUUGUGAUAUGGCUAAGAGCAUGUUGACCAAGUAUAAUAAGUAUUGGGGGAACUUAGAGAAACUUAAUCUUUUGCUUGUGGUAGCAGUGGUACUUGACCCAAGGUAUAAAAUGAAAUAUUUGCAGUUUGCUUUUGAGGAUAUGUUUCCUGAGACUACACAACGUGAAGCUAUGACAAAAAAAGUCUCAGAUGUCUUGUAUCGUUUAUAUGAUCAUUAUUCAAGUGGGGUUGACACAUCUCAGACUCAAAGUCAGAGUCAAAGUCAGACACAAGGAGCAAGUGAAAGUAGUUUGACUCAAUCACUUGGAUCAGAUCGUAGGCCUUUAACUUUCUUAAGUUCUAGGUCUAGGGCUUCAUUUCAAAGGUUUCUUGCCCAAAAAGAGAUUGAGGUUCAAGCAGAUAAGUAUGCAGAGGUGGACAAGUAUUUGCACGAUGAGUUAGCUGAAGCACUUGAUCCAACUUUUGACAUUUUAACAUGGUGGAAAUUGAAUUAG